UGUGUCAAGUCUUACAAUAAAGAACUCAACAUAUAAACAGCAACAAAACAACCUUUAGGAGCUUAGUAGGUCCAGGCCUUUGCUUUAAAAGUUAUCACCUAGUCAGACACAAUUCAACACAUAUAUCUCAUAUCUGAGCAUUAAAUUGAUCAUCUUUUUAAAAUUUAUCUUUGUCUCUCAAAAUUGUGUCUAAAAGCAUUCAUCAUGUUAAAAUUUUAGGCUUGAAUAAUACAUGUUCUUGAUGUAUAGAGGGCUCCCUCGUGCAUCCCAGGACGGUUAGGAGUGCAGUCCACUGUCUUUGUAGAUGAUGAUGUCCAGGACGGUUAGGAGCACAGUCCACUGUCUUUGUGAAUGAUGAUGUCCUGUACUCCUUCCAGAAAAGAUGGUGAAUAGAAAAUGACCACCACUGUCUCAUUGCACUUUAUUGAGCUGAAAAUAAUUUUUGUCUACUGUGUCUACUGAAUACUCAAAGUUGAUGUCUCUGAGACUGAAAACCAACAGGAAACAACACACUGCAUGGCUCUGAGGAUUGAGAAAACACACAAGAGCUCUGGCCGUCUGUAUCAGGCCAUCCUUCAGUGUGGAAUGGUUAGCCUCAGGAGUUUCUGACUGUGGGGGCUACAGUUGAGUGCUAUCCUCGAGAAGCAGACUUUCUGCCUUGGUGAGGAGACGAGGAGAGGUAACACUGCCUCUUAGAAUCUUAGAGUAUCAGUUCAGUAAGUCUCUAAAGGCAGUGGUGAAUCACAGAUGAAGAGAUUGUUAGUGGCCUACAUCGUGAGUUCUGGGCCAGCCAGGAUUACAUAGUAAGAGCUUACCUCAAUAAACUAACAGCCAAAUCAAAACAAAAAAAGCACGAAGCAUGUUAGCCCAUGACUGAUGCAUUGAAUUUGUACAUGUUCUUUAAACAGGAAACUAGAAGUCUCAGGAUGAAUCCAUCUAGAUCUAGAUCAGGUAGUAGUGGAGAAGAGAUCUCAUUUCAAGAAAAUGAGAGAAGAUGGCAGCAAGAACGUCUCCACAGAGAAGAAGCCUAUUAUCAGUUUAUUAAUGAGCUCAGUGAUGAAGAUUAUCGGCUAAUGAGAGACCAUAAUCUUUUAGGCACCCCUGGAGAAAUAACAUCAGAGGAGCUGCAGCAGCGCUUAGAGAGAGCAAAGGAACAGCUGGCAUCUCAGCCUGGCUCCGACAGCGCGGCGAGUAAUGGAGACUCAGAAAGCCUUAGAGCACAUUCAGAUGAGGACUCUCUGCUGCGAUGGCUGAAUACCUUUCGGCGCACUGGGAAUGUGACUCGAAGCGGACAGAAUGGGAACCAAAGCUGGAGGGCCGUGAGUCGAACAAACCCGAACAGUGGCGAGUUCGGGUUUAGCCUGGAAAUCCACAUAAACCCUGACAACAGAGGUUCUGAAAUGCAUGGAGAGGACUCGACGGACAUCCCUCUGUCAGGUGUUAACAGAGAGCAUAGGCAGCAAAGACCAUCCAGUCCUGUGGCUAGGCGAACCAGAAGCCAGACCUCCAUGAGCUCCAGUGGUGGUGGCUCCAGUGUUCCUAGGGGCAGGCGUGGUGCGAGGAGGCAGGGUUCUGUGCAAGGGUCAUUCGCAACCCUGGGAAGGUUAAGGAAUGGAAUUGGAGUAGCCUUUGGUGUUCCCAGAGUUAGUGCCCCUCGCACUAACAUUAUUAACUCUCACACCAACCAGUCAGAUGGUAGUUCUCUCAGGCAAGGUGGACGGCAGCGGUUUGGAGCAGCACAUAUUUGGGAAAACGGGGCUAGAAGUAACGUUACAGUGAGGAACACAAACCAAAGAUUAGAGCCAAUAAGAUUACGUCCUGCUUUCAGUAGUCGAAGCCGGUCCCCCAUUCAGAGACAGAAUGGUACUGCUCAUCAUAAUUCCCAAAGGCAGGGUAGACCACUACAGCAAACGGGUAGAAACAGGUCUGUUAGGCACAGAGGUGUAACGCGGGUCUUUUUAGAACAAGGUAGAGAACGCAGAGGUACCGAUUAUACCCCCCUGUCCAACUCAAGACUUGUGUCAAGAAUAACAGUAGAAGAGGGAGAGUCUAGCAGGUCCUCAGCUGCCACCCAGCGUCAUCCAGCAAUCACACUGGACCUGCAAGUCAGGAGGAUUCGGCCUGGAGAAACGAGAGAUAGGGAUAGCAUUGCAAAUAGAACCCGAUCUAGGGCGGGGCUGGCAGAAAGUACGGUUGAGAGCACCAGUGGGGGCUUCCACAGAACUAUCUCUCACUUAGAGCGCUCAGGUGUCCGAACCUACGUGAGUACCAUUACAGUUCCUCUUCGCAGGAUUUCUGAGAAUGAGGUGGUUGAGCCAUCCUCCGUGGCUCUUCGGUCAAUUUUAAGGCAGAUCAUGACUGGGUUUGGAGAGCUGAGUUCUCUAAUGGAGGUGGAGCCUGCGUCAGAGAAUCAAAGCAAUGGCCAACGUUUACCAGAGGUGUACCUAGAACUGAGUAAUGGAGAUGCAGCCGAUGACAGUGGUCAGCAUGGAAGAGCAUCCUCACAGGCCAGUCAGGCCCAGGAGGACAAUGCUGAAAUGCUAGCUGUGAGGGAGCCCACCUCACCCCAGGCUCUCCCCAGUGGCAGUAGAAGUAGAAGGCAGUUAGGAAGGGCAGACAAUGUAGUCGAGGCUGGAACAUUACCCAUUCUGCGCCUUGCUCACUUCUUCUUACUGAAUGAAGGCGAUGAUGAUCCAAUUCGUGGUUUAACCAAAGAGCAGAUUGACAAUCUUUCUACCAGGAGUUAUGAGCAAAAUGGGGUUGACAGUGAGUUAGGUAAGGUGUGUAGCGUGUGCAUCAGUGACUACGUGGCUGGGAACAAGCUCCGGCAGCUGCCUUGUCUGCACGAGUUUCACAUUCACUGUAUUGAUCGCUGGCUGUCGGAGAACUGCACCUGCCCUGUCUGUCGGCGGCCUGUCUUAGAAUUCGGAGCCACAAACAGUGGGUGAGAGGUGGGGUCUGCUCAGUGCUGUGUGUGGCUGGAGCCUCAUAGUCAAACACUUUCCUUGAGUUACUUGUGAUCAGGUAACCAAGACAAAAAAAAAA